UCGUUCUUCUCCCAUACUGAUCACCACGUUUCUCGACUGCCCUUCCUCACGCCAGGUACGCACCUCGUGAAUUCCUACAAUAUUAAUUUUCUCGUGGUUGUUGUUGACUGAUGUUAUUGUGACAGACGUUGGCUAGUUCACCUUUCAUCCGCAGGGAGUAUAAGAUGGAGAUGCCGUGCUUGCUGUUGCUGUUGGUGCUGCAAUUCUUGAGCCCAGGAGCCAGAGGCUGUGAUGUGGUACCAAACGACAUAGAGAAUGGUUUCUACCACAGGAUAGGCAGCACACUAGUGCAGGCUGUUUGCUACCCAGGCUUCCAGCAGGUCGGUUUGGAGUGGAGAACUUGUAAUGCAAGCAGUGGGCUGUGGAGCACGGCCUACUCAACAUGCACAGAUAUUAACGAAUGUGAGGAUUGGAGUGAUGAGAUGGGCGGCAGUGGGUCUGGAGAUGGAGCCAGCUUGGGUGCAGAUGAGGAAGCCGGGUUGUGUCACCUGCACGCUGACUGUAUCAACACGCCUGGAUCCAGGUUGGAAAGGAGGAUGACUGUCCCUCAGUUGAAGCUCCCCGUCAUGGCAGUGUGUUUGUUGAAGGCCAAAGGGCAUCCUUUACUUGUGAAGAGGGGUACAGACUGUAUGGACCACGGGUGCUGAGAUGUGUGCAAGGCUCUUGGAGGGGUCGCCCACCCUUUUGUAUGAAAUAUACUGCAUGCCCUGACCCCGAAAACCCUGAAAAUGGCCGCAGGCGCGUCACCAAUCUCCGUCCUGGUGGCCAGGUCUUCUACUUUUGUAACCAAGGUCAUGAGCUGAUUGGUCCUCGGCUGCGGAGGUGUCAGUCUACCGGUCGCUGGUCGGCCAUUCCGCCAACCUGUCAAGCACCUCAAACCCUGCAGGAGGUUGCAGCAUCACUCAAGGAGGACUUUGUGGAUCGAAUAAAAGCAUUCACUAACUCCAGCCGAGGACGAAACUCCCUGGGACGGCUGUCCAGAGGGAGCGCAGGUCUGGACCUGGUCUUUGCUCUGGACAAAUCCAGUAGUAUUGAUGCGGUGGACUUUAGUCGAGCAAUCCAGUUCACAACGAGUAUCAUCAACGAAUUCGGAGUGACGAACAGAGAAGGUGGAACACAGGUGGCCCUAGUGACAUUUGGAAGCCAGGCACAGCUAGAGUGGAACCUGGGCCAGCUCGACAGCAAGAGGAAGGUUUUACGUCAACUCAGACAACUACAGCCCGAGGGCGGCGGCACAGCCCUGACCGCGGCGUUACAGACUGUGUUGAAUGAAGUGUUACCUGUGGCCAGAGUCGGGGCCAAAAGAGCUCUCUUCAUCAUCACAGAUGGGAAGUCCAAUGUUGGAGCUUCUCCUGGAGUGUUUGCACGACGGUUAAGGGAGGAGGAGGCAUUUGAGGUGUUUGCUGUUGGUGUGGGCGCAAAUGUUGACAAGAACGAGUUGAAUAGCGUGGCGUCCCAGCCCUUCACUUCACACGUCUUCCUUAUCAACGACUUCAGCAAUUUUGACACCUUAGUCAACACAAUUGCCGAGAAGGAAAUUGAUUAUGAGCAGUGUGGCCGAGCCAAGCCUGCCCAGCUCUCAGCAGGACAGUGUGGGGGCGGGGGUCGUGUUGUGGGAGGGACUGAGGCAGCUAAGGGUGCCUGGCCAUGGCUUGUGGCUAUCUACCAGGAGAGAAGACAGGGGGUUCAGCUGGUGUGUGGAGGGGCUCUCAUUGCUAAAGACUGGGUUCUAACGGCAGCACACUGUCUGGAGAGGAGGGGUGAACGAGUGAGUCCAGACCAGUUAUAUGUUGUAGCUGGGGAACAUGCACGAGACAAGGAGGAGGGGACAGAGCAGUACGUCUAUGUCCAGGAGUAUCACGUGCCUCCUGAGUACCGCCCAGACAGACUGGACUAUGACAUCGCCUUGCUGAAGCUGUCCACUCCCGCACAACUGGGACCAUUUGUCAGGACCCUGUGUCUGCCCAGAGGAGACUUGCGGGACUCCUACCAAACCAGGGCAGGGUCAACCGUGUUGUUUGCAGGGUGGGGAGCCACAGACCCUGUGCGACCUGGAGAGGUACCAGGCAUCCCCACCCUGGUUCCCCAAGAGUUGUGUCUGCCCAUCGUCUCCCAGCCUGUUUGUGGGAAGUCCACUGUUGUUCCCAUCACAGAGAGGCAACUUUGUGCAGGUUACAGGUUCCAAGAGAAGGAUGCUUGCCGAGGGGACUCCGGUGGACCACUGGUGGUGAAGCGCAGGGACAACCUGUGGGGCAUUGCGGGCAUCAUGUCGUGGGGGGAAGGCUGUGCCCAGCCCAACAAAUAUGGCAUCUACACAAGGGUGGAAACCUUUCUUGACUGGAUCACAGAUACAACAUUGAAUUAACUAACAGUAGAAACCUUUCUUGACUGGAUCACAUAUACAACAUUGAAUUAACUAACAGUAGAAACCUUGAAAUCUGCUGGACGCUUGCGAAUAUGAUUGUAAUGAAGGUUUCCUUCCUAGGUGAAAUUGCCAUUUUGACCUUUCAUUGUUUAUACUGUAGUACUGAAUAUAGAUAGCUAGACAUGAAAGAAUUUGAAAUACAUUUAUGAUUUUAUGGACCAUAUGGAUGAAACCACUUUGCGACAUAACGUUAUCACUGCAAUAAAACCAUGUUUUUCAUAUCCA